AUGUCAGCUCCCGCGCAUACAUACGGCCCAACAUGCCUUCUCUACGAGGCACCAGGCAACACCGUCAUCAAGGGUGGCCCAGAUGAAGUCAUUCCUCCACCGCCUACCGUCCGGUCACAGUUCUUCUAUCUAUCUUCGCUCCCAAUUGACGACCCGUUGACGCCUAUCACAGCUCCAGCAACGGGAUCGCAUACCCAGCUUCCCCCGAGACCGUUUUCGAGCCGUGAUAGUAUAGCUCUGGAGGAAGCAUGGCAAGCGCUUCGAGUCGAUUUCGAGAGGGAGGCUAAGAGUGAUGCUAGGGAACGGGGCUCCAGGGAAAGUACCUUGAAGCUCCGGGGCCUACCUGAAGAUAUACAAAGGAAUCGGCGUGGGUCGGACGGCCAGCUCAUAAGGAACAGCAAGACUCUUCCGGUUUCACGCCUGCGGCUAGAAGGAAAAGAAAACAAGAGAAGUCCGCUCGGUGCUCGGGAGAUAUUUGUGGAUGGCAGUGUCACCGCUAGCUCAACGCCUCCAAACCCAAGAAAAGGCACUCCGCCUGACUCAGGAACGUCAAAGCAACGACGAAGAACCUUGGGAUCGUACGAAACAAGCGAGAGGCUACAGAAAUGCCAGGAGAUGCCCGCUCAGUCUACUCCUAAGACACCUACACGCUGUGGCACGCCCUACCAAAAUGGCGAGGACGCGAGGAUGAGAGCAAUGGCAGAUACGAAUGUUACUGGCUCUCCAUUUAUUCGAGCACCCGUUAGAGACCGAUCUGACUCUGCUGCUAGCUCAGCUUGGGGGAAUGAGGAUAUACUCGAACAAAUGAAACGCCCCCAAAACGAAGGAAACAGCUCAACUCCGCCUCUUACAGCAGCACUAGAGCUAGAUGGCGAUGUCAAGUCGAAACCUGGAGAUGAACCAUUCAAGUCGGAGUCCCGCCCUUCUUCUGCAGGUUCUGAAGUUGACACAGGAGUGACAGUGACAGUGGGCGCCACACGCCUUCAUCUCGUAGAGCUACCAAAGUUGCAGAUGAAACCAAUUUACUGGAGUCCCGUCAACGACAUAUCAAGCGUCAUUAGAGCAACCUGGUUUUACAAGAAUACAAUGCUUCCUGUAGAAACGGAUCUUGCCAACCAUUUGGAAGAGGGUUAUAUGGAAUUGAAACCCUGGACACAAACAUGGCAAGACGAGCUCGACAGCUGUAUGGAAAAUGGCGCAGAGGCAGAAGAGAAAAUCAUAUACAAACUGUGGCCCAACGAGGUAUUAAAGCGAGCAGGCAAGGCCGGACAUGAGUCGCCUGAAAUGAUGUCCGUUGCAAGCACACAGGGAUUGCAACCAGGGCCGCAACAUGAUUUCAGUGUAAAUAAAGCUGCUGGCGGUGUGGCAGGCCAGGUAGAUACCAUACGACAGUUCAAGUCUUCCAGCGUCAUAUACGUGAAUGCAAAGGAAGCGCAAAUUCUACGACCAAGCCUCUUACCGUCUGUUGCAAGAGGGAGACGACCUCUUGGUCCUGUCCGGAAAGGCAGGCAGAUUGGCAUUCCCGUCAUUCGAGGCUUUAGCCCGCAACUUUGGGAUAAAUUGCAUCCGUCCAAGUUCGUCUCUACGAACGCGAGGAACUUCAUGAAAAUGCGCGAAAUGGCCUCCAGACCUACCGCAUCUCGUCGACAGAUAUGCUAUGCUUGUCAGAUGGAAGAUAAAAGGCAAGACGUAAGCGACUUGGUUUUGGUCAUACAUGGGAUAGGUCAAAAGCUCUCUGAACGAGUUGAGAGUUUCCAUUUCACACAUGCAAUAAACGCUUUCCGGAAAGACGUGAACGCUGAAUUGAGUAGCGACGCUGUAUGGCCACAUAUGCGUCCUGAGCAAGAGAGCAUAAUGGUUCUCCCCGUGAAUUGGCGUACAACGCUUUCCCUUGAAGGCACAGAAGGAGGCAUUUCAGCGGCUGAGGACCCGCAUGCAAAUCAAUUUACUUUGAAGGAUAUCACACCCGACACAAUUCCAGGAGUUCGAAACUUAAUCAGUGACGUUAUGCUUGACAUCCCAUACUAUCUAUCCCAUCACAAGCAGAAAAUGGUCCAUGCUGUGGUGAAGGAAGCGAAUCGAAUAUAUCGGCUUUGGUGUCAAAAUAACCCUGGCUUUCAAUCCCGUGGCCAUGUGCAUAUCAUUGCUCAUUCGCUAGGAACUGUUAUGGCGAUGGACAUUCUUUCGCAUCAACCGACCAUUCUCCCUCCCAUUGACUUUUCGACCACGGAAAUUAACGAGGCCAUGUUCGAGUUUGAUACCAAGAACUUAUUUCUCUGCGGCAGUCCAGUAGGAUUUUUUCUCUUGUUGAACAAAUCAGUUCUCCUUCCGCGGAAAGGUCGAAAUAAACCCGGAGUAAAGCCAGGAGAGGAUGCAGGCCGUGGUAUUACUGGCCAGGCUGGAAGAUACGGAUGCCUCGCCGUUGACAAUAUAUAUAAUAUCAUGAACGAUACUGAUCCCAUUGCCUACCGUUUAAACGCCGCGGUGGAUGCCGACCUAGCAAACUCGCUCAAACCGAAAAUUAUACCGAGCUCGACGACCUCCCUUCUCGAUAGCAUAAGCAGCGUUUUCCGUUGGGGUACAGCCUACACUACUGGUGUCGCGGUCCCUGGCACAGCCCAAGGAGCCGCCGCUACGAUUUCCAAGCUACCGUCAAAUAUCGAAUUGGAAACUCACGAUUUUACUCGAGAAGAAAUUGCCGAGACUCGCAUGGCUCUCUUGAAUGAUAACGGACAAAUAGACUACUAUCUCAAUGUUGGUGGUGGUCCAUUGAACAUCCAGUAUCUUAACAUGCUCAGUGCGCAUAGCAGUUACUGGCUCCUGCAGGACUUUGUACGAUUUAUUGUUGUGGAGAUUGGAAGAGUUCCGGGCAGGGACGGGGCAUUAUUAGCUCUUAGGGCGGAAAAGAAGAAGGGCUGGAAAACAGCGAAGACAUAG